UGUGUAACGUUAGUCACAGAAAAGAAGAGAGACUCUCUUAACGCUAUCUGCGAAAUUAUGAGUUAGUCUUUCAUUGUUGUUGGAGUCAAACGGCACAGCUGGUUUAUUAUGUGGGAAUCACGUCUACCAGGGCAGGCAAUGAUGGGCCUUCAGGCUGAAGAGUGCUGAAUAUUUCAGUGAGCCCAUAAGAAGGAAGUCAAUCGGAUAAAAGCAGACAUGAGUGACGCUGUGGAGAACCUGGACACCAGGGAACUGGGGUUCUCAGAUACUGAGGAUGAACCUGAAGAGGUGGACUCAGAGUUCAACCCCUCAGGAGCUUCCUGCAUCCCUUUCUCUGCCGUGUACAGGACGGUUGGCUUUAAAGAGACCGAUGCGCAAGUCUACCUGACCGCUGUCCCCAUCACUGCCAAGAUCCUAGAAGUGGAACGCUUCACCAGGGCUCCAGACCGCUUCAAAAUCUCUAAACACAGAGGCGUGUCCAAGGCAAUGCCAGCAGUGUUUAAGAUAGAGCUCAAACAUGGGAACUUCACCUGGAUAGUCAAGAGAAAAGAAAAGCACUUCAUGGAGCUGCACAGAGAGCUUCUGCGAUACAAGACCCUCAUGAGGAUCCCACUCCCCACCAGAAGGUCAGACCCCUGCCCUAUAGAUAAAGCCAUUAAUAAGCAUUUGUAGUGUAAACGCUACAUACACACUGGACAAC